AUGGACGCUGCUGUCGCGAGAGAGUUGGCGGAGACAGGCACGGACAAACUACUGGAUCAACGCAGCGGAGAGAACGGCGAGUGCUUGUGUCGCGGGGCAACCAGCAGUGGCGUGAUGAUGAUGAAGGCUGCCAUUGACGCGGAGGUAAUAGCCCGUGAUGAUUGGAGGGCGAAGCGGUACGUGGAGACGGUGAGACUGGCGAUGAAAGCGCUGCGUUAUCCAGGUGCCGACGGCCGAGAGGGAGAUCGACGAGAGCGACUACAUGCAGCUGAGGAAGGCGGCGUGCUAACGUCUGAGGAAGGCGGCGCACUGACGUCUGAAUAUGGAGGCGGCGCACUGACGUCUGAAUAUGGAGGCGGCGCACUGACGUCUGAAUAUGAAGGCGUGUCAGUGGCUGAGGAAGGCGGCAUUCCGACGAUGGAGAAGGAUAAGAAGGCACUAGAAACAGUAGCCAACACGAUGUUGACAAUAGCACCGGUUACGAAAACGGCAACGGAAUUCAUGCCACUGACCACGACGGUCCCAGUGAUGGCCACGUCUUCUAUAACUACGCGGGCGACGGUUUCGGCACCAAGUGAGGAUGCAAUGGAAACUACAAUGACUACGGGUGCACCAUGA